AUGGAAGAUAAAGAUCCAAUUUCUGAAACAAAUCAACUUCUUAAUUCAUUCAAAGAAUCAUUGAUUGAUUGUGUAUGGACAUCAAAAAAACUAUUGGAUCGUUUAAAAAAUGAUGAACUUUCAUCUGAAUCUGGAAUUUCUUUGUUUGAUUUGAAAAACAGAAUAUUUGUCAAUUAUCUGAUCGACUUAACUGGCAUCGUCAAGCAUCGAUUACUUGGUGAAAAUAAUGAUAAAACUCGAGAAAGACUAGUGGAAGAAAGGGUUGUGUUGGAGAAGAUACAACCAUUGGAAGAAAAACUUAAAUAUCAAGUGGAUAACUUGAUGAAGACAAUGAGCAGCAAUCGAAUGCAAAUCGAGAACAAUCCGUUGAAUGCUCGGCCAACUUUUUCCUUUGAUAUCGAAGAUGAAAAUGAAUCUGAAACUGAUCAAACGAAAGAAGAUGAAAAUGAAAAAGAUUCCAGCAAAGAACCUCAAGUUGAUAAGAAUAAAGUUUAUGUUCCACCACGAUUAGCACAAAUGAAAUAUGAAGACGAACAAGAACGUAAAGCUCGAAAUUUGGAACGUGCCAAGAAACGUGCUAUGAACUGUUCAAUAAUAAACGAAUUACGAAAAGAAUUUGACGAUGCACCUGAAGAAGAAUAUGAUGGACUAAUUAACCGAAAAUCGGGCAUAGGAAAAUUCCUGAAUAGAAAGAAAAAAUAUGAAGAAGAACAUUUUAUCCGUUUGAACUUGACGAAAAAACAAAAAGCUCAAGCUAGAAAAUUGGCUACUGUCAAUUCGAUAGCCGAUGAUGUUACCAAGUUUGAUGACAUAUCUGUUCUUAACAUUGACAAUUCAACUGACUUUAAACCAGCAAAGAAAAAGUCAAAAAAGUUUAUCAAUAGAAGUAAUAAAAAGAAAAGAAUGAAAAGAUUUUGAAAAAAAAAAUUUAUUGAAUUUAAAAUAAAAUUUCUGAUUUUUUACAAUAAAAUGAUUAUAUGAUUUUUACACUAUUUUAUGAUGUCAUAUUAUAUUAUAAUUGAUUGAUUAUGUCGAUAUCUAUUUUUAUUCUAAUGGAUAAAUUUAAUUCACUUCUUCGACUACUGGUCCAUCAUUGUUUGAUUUGAAUCCAUUGUAGCCAGGAUAUGCAUUACUGCCACAAGAUCCAUUUG